GUACUUUACAUUAAAAGCACUUUUAAAACAACGACAGAGCCCGAUUAAACCCGUGUCAUGUAGAUCUAUGAUACCAGAAGAGCACGUCGAGCACAGUUUGACCCUAAAGUCGCGUUUUGUGUCGUUCUUCAAUCGCGUUUGAAGUGAAAGUGAGAGGAUCAUAACAGUGGAGUACUGCAGUGAGGUGAAGCUGUGCACACAUUAUGGCGAGUGUGCUAUGCAGGAGGGUGAGACAGGUGAGUCAGUCGUCUGUGGGUCACACACUGGCUCAGAGGAUCGUGGCCGUCAGAGGCUUUUCAGCCGCUGGUUCAUCUGGAUCAGAUGAGCCGUAUAUAGCUGUGCCAUCUCAAAAAAAAGGUCCCAGGACAGUGUGGCCAGAUGAGACCAUGGGUCCGUUCGGGCCUCAGGAUCAGCGCUUCCAGUUGCCAGGCAAUGUGGGUUUCGACUGUCACCUGAAGGGUUCCGGGUUACAGAUGAAGGGGCCGGUACACAGGACGGUCCCGGAUGUUUUAACCACCCCAUCCAGCACAGAGAGAUACGAGUUCAUCCUCUCUCAGUUUGUGAAUGAGUUUCAGGGUUUGGUGCAGAGAGUCAGUAAAGCUGAACACUAUUUCAGUCAGUCAGAUGUGGAGUGCUCCAUGCGUUCCUGUCCAGAGCUGCUGAAGAAAGAGCUGGAGCUGUUUUUCCCAGUGCUGCCUGCGAGUCCCAUCACUGUCGUCACCGUAACACAGAGGAAGCAGAAGACGGACACAGAAGAUCAGAACCAAGAUCAACAGAAACUACUAGAUCAUUUUGUCAGAGGUGCUAAAGAAAUCUGCUUCACGCUGUGGAGAGGGGGAUACUGGGCCGAUUUCAUUAAUCCACUGUCAGGAAAAGCUUUUUUUGGCGCUCAGACACCAGACUCUAUUCUACAGCGUCACGCUGGUUUUCACAUCGAGGACCUGGCGGCGUGUACGGUCAUACGACACGUCUUCAAGGAGACUUCCACGUUCGUCUUAACACUCAUCACUAACGCACCUUCCAACAGUCUGAUCAUGGAGACACUUCAGGGACACGCCAGUGCCUCAGAGGACACGGACUGAUGGAUGUUUGCAAACCUGAGCCAAAUCUACGUACUGAUUCUUUUAGAAGAGAUUUUUGAAUAAAACUUGCUGGUUGUGAUGUUACAAAA